GAAUGAAUGAAUGAACUUUGAGCUUUAGUAGUGUAUCUCUCUUUCUGCUUCUCCACUCUUGUUUGUGCACACAUACAAUAAUAAUGGCAACGACGACUGCAGCAGCCGCGACUGAAAUGAUUGGCGUUGGCCAGUUGAUUGACUUCAAGUGGAAGCUCGGCGUCACUGCGCAGUCCAGCGAGGCCACUGCUACACACUCGGCCUACGUUGCCGUCCAUCUCGUCGUCCAAGACCCCAGCGGCAAGCAGGCCACACACGCCCUCGAGCUCUCGUUGCCCGAAUUCCAUUCCUUUUCCAAGCAAAUCAAGGAUGCAUCAACUCUGCUAGCGACUCAAUAAAAGAGCGAGCAACAGAGUCAUGCUGUUGUUGUGGUGUAUGUAGUGUGAAUGCGGUUGUAAAUCUGUGUGUGUGACGAAAAACACAAAAAAAAAAUGUAUUGUGUUUUUUGCAAACCCAAA